AUGCCCCCAGAAAGAAAGGAGGAACUUUUACGCUGCCAACGGGCAGCUAGCGCGCGUCGUUACGCACAAAUGCCACAAGAAAAAAAGGAUGAUCUUUUACGCCGUCGCAGGGAGGCAAAUGCUUCAAAGAAAAAAAACAUGCCCCCUUCUGCCUCUGAUUCUGUGCCAAACUCCGGCACUUCUAACAGAAAACGUCCAGCUCCCACUCCUCAAACUCCGUUACCUCCUGCAGGACCAGUCCUUAGCAUUCCUGUUACUUCUGUGCACUCUGCUUCUAACCAGAGUACUGAUCUUCUGAGCAGUGAUGCGUUAGCAGCUGCUCCGUUGGAAAGUGACCAGCAUGCUUCCUCUUCUGUUAUCACAAGUUCCAUUCCGUCUGGUUUUCGACAAGGUCAGCAGCGAAUAUCUAGGAAAACUAUUCUCCCUCGCUUAGCCAGGAUUCCAGAUCAUUCUUUGAUUCUCCCUGAUUCUCCCAAUUGCCAGUAUUGUGGAGCUAUACGGUUCCAUUUAGAACCUCCUAAUUUCUGCUGUUCAAGGGGGGAAGUUUCACUGGUCACUGCAGCAAUGCCUUAUGAUCUUCGUCGUCUUUUUAUUGGCGACGAUGAAGAAUGUGACCAUUUCAGGAAAAAUGCUCGUACAUACAACAACAAUGUUUCUUUCACUACUUUUGCUGCAAAGUAUGAUCCAGAAUUGACGAAAAAUAAGCAUGGUGUUUAUAGGUUUCGUGUACAAGGUCAGGUUUAUCACUUCCUCGAUGGUUUGGUAUCACAUCGUCAUAAACCAUCGGGUAUUCAAUUGUACUUUUUUGAUACCGAUGAGGAGCUUGCAAGGAGACUUGAUGCUUCCUCUCGGCUCCGCGCAGGCACACUUAAAUUGCUUAUGCGCAUUUUAGCUGGCAAUCCCUAUGCCAGAUUUUUUAAAGAUUUGCGUCAUGUUCCUGAUCUCGAGCGCCAUAGAAUUGUUCUUAAUUGCAAUCCUGCUCUUGAUCAGCGUUUGUAUAAUCUUCCAUCGGCUUCUCAGGUAGCUGCUAUAUGGAUCGAGACUGAUGAUGAAUCAGUUGAUAAGUCAGUUCAUAUUCAGGUUUAUAGUCACUCCGAUCAGAGUCAUAUGAUGAAGUAUUACUAUGCUUGCUAUGACUCUUUACAGUAUCCUUUAUUAUUUCCUCGUGGUGAGUCUGGAUGGCACCAUGGAAUUCAAAGGAUUACGUGCGAAAAUAGGAAAAGAUCGCGUCCUGUUUGUGAAGCUGAUAUUGCUAUUGAUCCAGCAUCUAUCGGUAGUCCAUCUGAUUUGAUUAAUCUUGAACAAAGAGCCGCUGAUCGUGGCAAGAAACAGAAAACUAACGUCACUGCUAGGGAAUACUACUGUUAUAGGUUUCAGAUGAGACAUGAAGAUGAGUCCAUGUUGUUACAUGCGCUGAGAUUGUUGCAACAGUAUGUUGUUGAUAUCUACGUUAAGAUAGAGACAUCUAGGCUUGAAUUCCACCGGAAAAAAUAG